CAUCGGCAUCCAUGGCCUCCAGCGGAGUUCCGGUGGAAAUCGAAGAAGACGACGAACUCUUCGAGAUCGAUCUCGAGGCCGUUAACAGCAUUAUUUCUCCGCGGCAUUUCUGCGAGGAUACUUACGGUUUCUUCACGGCCACCGGCGGUGCCGCGCUUCUCGCCAACUGUCUGCUUCCGAUCUCCGAUUUGUCCAAUGCCGUUCCGAUGGCCGAUUCCGCCGAUUUUGAGAUGUUUCCAUUUGCAACGCCACCGGAGCCGACGCGUCUGGAGAAGGCUUUUCAGUUGCCGCUGGGUUUUGGCCUUCGUCAGGCUUUGAUUAAUCGAUCGGAGAUGAAGUUAAGCAGUGGAUGAUUGAUCUGUUAGGUUUUCUGAUUUUGUGGUUUGGGAAUUUUCCCGCGAAAAUUAUAAUUGAAUUAUACUUCCAUUAUUACUAUAUAA